AAGAGAAAACAAAAAUUGUUUGUUAAAACUUCAACAAUGAAUAUUCGUUAUAAUUCUUUACUUCUCUAUUUCUUGUUGGUCAUAUGGAAUUGGAUAAUAAUGUUCGAUUUUCGAAUUAUGUCGAGAUUUCAAAAUUUUUGGUAUGAAAAUGAAAAAAUUUUCCCAUGAUCAAAUGUGAAUGAAAUUGAUUUUACAAGUGAAAAUAUGCCUGACGAUAAUAAAAAAAAUAUCAACUCGAAUUCUUCAUCUUCAACGAUAAACUCAUCAUCCAGUUCAGCAUCAGCAUUACCAACAUCAAGGAUGGAAUUGAUAUCGGAAAAUGUGGCCAAAGUACAGAUGCUAGAAACUUUGGAUCAAAAUGGUACGCUUGUAAUAUUGUCGAACGAUGAUAACAACAAUGGUAAUCCAUUACAUCGUCCAGUAUAUUCAUUCAAAUCACGGGUGAAUUGGAAACGCACAUCACUCGAAGUUUUGAAUAAUGUUCCAAGAUUUGGCAUCUACUUUUGUUCAUUAAAUUGGAUUUUUAAAAGACAACUUUAUCGUAAGAUUAAAGAUGGCGCCAUAUACCUUGAAUCAAUGGCGCCGGUUUUACAUUGUGUUUGCAAAGAACCAAAUGAUUUCUGUCAUGGUCGUAUCGGUCCCAUUGAUAAGCUUAUACCGUAUGAACAUCAUCAACAACCAAAAGUGAAUGGUAUUUGGAUAUCGGUGUUUGGCAAUGAAACAAAUGUUGCUGAUAUAAACGAUGAAUGGAAUCAAAGUUUUCAUCGAAUGAAAUCUUUAAAUUCCAAUUUUAAUCGAUUAAUAUUCCUUGUGGCCAACCAUGCUGCCUGUGUUGGCAUUCAUUUCUGGAAUACAAAAAAAGAUGAAAAAAAAUUGCGAAUAAAACAAGGUCGAAAAUCUUAUCAUCAUGAACGACCAUUAAUUUUACCGGGUGGAUUCUACGUACUCGAAGGUUUAUUCGAAGCAAAAUUUCUAAAUUAUGAUCCAAAAAUCGGUUCAAAAACAAUGAUUACACCAAACACGUUUCAUUCAUCGAUCAAUUCACCAAGAAUGAUUAUAUUAUCUGAAGGAACACAUAUGAUUAAAGUAAAACCAUAUGAAGGUCUUAUAAUGGAUCUUGUAACCAUGGACAUUGGUGAGCAAGCAAUUGUCAACAACAAGAAUAACUUACCCAACAAAAAUAAUGAUGACGUGAAAAAAUUGGUAGCAAUCGUUCCACAAACUGUUGAUGAUAAUAAUGUAGAGACAAAUGACAAAGCACGAAAAAUUGAAGUAUGGUUAGAUUUCUAUUACAAAAAAUUAAUCAUGAUUGAUUAUAAUCGAAUUAUGAUGGAUUUAUUCAAAAUUUCAACAAUCAACACAUGAUAUUCAAAUAAUAAAUAUGAUCCGAAAAAAAUUCUGUUACGUUCUAUAUGAACGGUUGAAGAGAAUCUAGCAUGAUUUUGUUUUCAACAGCUGCAAUCAUCAAAUUCUGGUUGCAAUUUUUGCAUUGGACCAAAAAUUUUUCUUUUUUUCGUUAGUUAAUAGUUAAAGGUAAUUUCCAAGUAUUUCUUCAAGAUCUCUUCACGCCAUCAGAUCGAGGAAUAAAUUCAAAUUCAAAUUGUCAUUUGUUUUUUAUUCAUAUAUUUACAACUUUGAUCAUUUUCAGAAAUGAAAA